AUUCACAAACUUUGUCAAAGAGAAAAUAAAGAAAAAUCAAUGAACAUUGAACAAUCUCUACCAUUUCACUGCACACAAAAGAACUGAACUUUCCCAAUUCCUUUCAGCUCUCUCACACACAAACACAGCACUAAACAAGUCACAAGUCAGACCCUAAAAAAACUAUAAAACUAAGCAAAACAAAACUAAAAAAACCCAACACUGCAUUUUCAUUUUUUUCAGGCACUCAUUCUCUCUCUAGAAAAAGCUGAAGCCAUACCCAUAAAACUCAUUGGAAUCCACAGUUCCAUUUCCUGAUUAUUGGGUUUUGGAUCUGCCACCCAAUUCUCCAACAAAACUUUCUCUUCUUUAUUGCCUUCCCCAAAAAAAUAGUAUUCCCACUUAUAUUACUCUCUGAACAUUCAAUCUUCAACACUGUAAGAUCACUUGCAUGGCGGGAAAUUCUCAAACUGAGGGGCUAGGAGAUGACUUCUUUGAGCAGAUCUUGGCAGUGCAGCCGGGGUAUGGCGGUGCCGGAGAAGUGGUGGGGUCUACUAUGCCUAUGAUGGGUUUGCAGUUAGGGUCUACUAGUAGCGGCGGCGGUGGUGGCGGUUUAAGGUCUAAUAAUAUGGGGAUGAUGCCGUUAGGGUUGAAUUUAGAGUUCUUGAGGCAACAAGAAGAUGGUAGUGGCGGCGGUGGUGGUUUGGAUAACAAUAAUAAUCAUGUCAGCAAUAAUAUUGUUUCUUCAUCUUCUACAACUUCUGUUAUCAAUGAAAGAGAUUCUGUGCACAUGGCAAGUUUGUUCCCAACGUUUGGACAGUUGCAAUCUCAGUCACUCCGCCCUACGCCGCCACCUCAGCUCCACCAGCCAUUUCAUGGGCAGCAAACACGAGGCGGCGGAGCAGUAUUACAGCCACCGGGCAUACGUCCUAGGGUGCGAGCAAGACGAGGACAAGCUACUGAUCCUCAUAGUAUCGCCGAGCGGUUGCGUAGAGAGCGGAUUUCAGAGAGAAUGAAGGCUUUGCAGGAGUUGGUUCCUACAGCCAACAAGACUGAUAGAGCAGUAAUGCUUGACGAGAUUGUGGACUAUGUGAAGUUUCUAAGGCUUCAAGUUAAGGUAUUGAGCAUGAGUAGACUGGGAGCAGCUGGUGCCGUAGCUCAGCUUGUAGCUGAUGUACCGCUAUUAUCACUCGAGGGAGAGAGCAUUGAAGGGGGCGGAAAUGAGCAAGCAUGGGAGAAAUGGUCGAAUGACGGUACUGAGCAACAAGUAGCUAAGUUGAUGGAAGAAGACAUGGGAGCCGCUAUGCAGUUUCUUCAAUCCAAGGCACUUUGCAUCAUGCCUAUAUCACUCGCUUCAGCAAUCUUCCGAACACACCCUCCCGACCCAACAUCCAUCGUCAAGCCCGAAUCAAACACCCAAUCGUAAACCUAAUCAAGAAUUUUUAUGAUCGGCGCGUGGGUCCCAAGUCUUGAUGUAGACUCAUUCUAACUUAUUAGAAAGAAAAAAAAACAAUAUCUAGUUGGUGCAGAUAGCUGUUGGUGCUCUUUAGGAGGAGUCAUUAUGAUGUGAAGGAAGAAGAAUGAAGAGGGGCACUGAUGUUUAUAAUGCUAUGGUCAAGGCAAAAGCCAAAAUAUUCAAAAAGCUCCAUUGAUGUGCUUCUUUGUUUAAUAUAUGUGUAUGUAUUUCUAAUCUGUGGUGGUGGGUGUUAGUGGAGAAUGACCAAAAAAUAUUAUUUCUCUUUUGGAUAGUGGACAUGUAAGGUCAUUCAAAAGGGGAUGAUGGGUAUGAUUGUAUUUGGAAAAAUAUUUGUAUGCAACUUGAAAUAGAUGUGAUGUUGUAGGUUCUCUCAUUAAAAAGAUAAUUAAAAAAUGAAGGUUUAAAUCCA